CAGCAAUGUGUAAACUGUAUGCGACCGGAUAUGUAUACAAGACUCGCAUCCUAGCAAAAAAAAAAAAUCUGAUUUUCACUUGAUAUCAGCGGCAAUACUAUUUAUUUACUUCACGUUCAACUGCUUCGGUAUUGCGGAUUUCAUGUCAAAUAUGUACACGCUUCGAGAUAUACAAUUGUUCAUUUAGCACAUCUACGAAAUCCACGGGCCGGCUAAUGUUAACCAGCUAGCUAGCAAUCCCAAGAAGCAAAGGUUUCGAAUAGUGCAGCAAGUUUAGCUAGCUGGGUAGUCCCAAUUUGUAAGUCUGCAAACAGUGUCUUGCACCGCUAGCUUGCCAUAGCUGUGUUCCUGCUCUUUAGAAGGCAGUAUGAGUUAUGGAGGUUAUGGGGGCAGAGGAGGCCGAAGAGGUGGCGGAAGAGGAGGUCGAGGAUUCGGACGGGAUGGGAGCCGGGAGAGGUGGGACCGCUUAGCUGGGUCGAGUGGCGGUGGACACCCGCGGAACACCGAAUCAGAGUCGAGGGAGGACCGGGGAGAACGGGGAGGAAGAGGUGGGGGACCAAACCGUCCACCCCCACAUCUAAAGGGCCGCGAGAUCGGACUGUGGUACGCCAAAUGGGGAGGCUUGAAGAGGAAAGAAAAUGAGAGAAAAUCGGUUAGUAGUGUAACAUUAGUCACAGAGGCACCUGUGAUUCUGUUUGGUGUGUAGUGGCUUGCUUGUGUUGUUGUCGUUGGUAGUCAGCUGCUCUACUGCAACUAUCAUUACUUAGUCUCGUUAACUCUCAUGGCUGACAACUAGUUAUAUCUGGUUUUUGAUAAUGAAGUAGCAACCUAUCUCGAAUAAAUCUAUAGUAUCUAGCAUGUAUCAGGAUGAACACUGUACUAAUGCUGUUGGUUUCUCCCUUGGUGUAGCGGGCAGUGGUUCAGAUGGAUGAGUCCAGGGAACAGCAUAUCACUAAUCUGCUGAACACUGUCCAGAGAGGACCGACAUGCCCGGGCUCAGCCAGGGAGGCCCACCCCUCCACAUCUGACCACUGGCGUUCAGCCCCGUCAGCACCGGACAGAGGCGGCCACUGGUAAGGCACUGCCUUACUGGCUGUGUUCGUGAGCAUCAACACCAUGAUGUAUUAUGGGUAAAUUGUGACUGACUGACUGAUCUAUAAAUAAUAGUUAUUUAUGAUGCAAGGUGAUUUGUAGAUCAGUCAGUCUAGACUCGCCUUUAAAGUUGACUGCAAAGUCUCUCAGAAAAAUCCAGCUGCAGUAGGCAGUGUGACGCCCACAGACAGACACAGUGACGUCUGGAUGUCAUGUGUUCAGGUCCACAGGCCCCAGCCCUAACCCUAGUCCCCAGGACAUCGUUAGGCCCUAUGCAUGGGACCUCUGUGUGUUGUGGACAUGAGCCUGCUUGCUGCAGCUGCGUACUAUGAAACUCCUCCUUACAUCUCGUAAGUUUUAGGUUUAUUUAGGAGGGCUCAUACACCACUGUAUUGCAACAUCGUUGGCUACAUUCAAUGCUUUGGAACGUAAAGCAGUAAGCCUGUGAUUUACUACAAGACUGUAAUUCACCUGAUGUGUGUUUCAGUUACUUUGAUGGUGAUGAGCCCUCUCAGGAUGUCCUGAAGAUGGAAUUCAAACAAGAGAAGAAGAAGGAUGAGGAGAGGCCAGUACAGAACACUCCACUCACAUCACAACGGUAGGCUAACUUCUAGAUUUGAGGGUUGUUGUUGUUCCUGUUGCCAAGCUCACUCAUUAAAGCAAUUCUUGUCUCUUUCUCCUGCCUUUCAGUUACUUCCCACAGGAUGUCCUUAAAGCUGAACCGCAAGAAGAGAGGGAGGAGAAGAAGGAGAGGAGGGGGAAGGAUAAAGAUCUGGAGUACUUGUUUCAGGAGGUGGUCAGGGAGAAUGCCCUGGACCAGCAGUUAAAGAGAGACCUAGAGAGGAAGAGGGCAGACUCUAAAUACCUAGACAUGCUGGUGAAAAUUUACUUCAUAAAAAAUGAGCAGUAUUAUAAUUACUGUGUUUAUUAUUGAUUAACACAAGAAUAAAUACACGUUAUCAUAACACCAAUAAAACUGGUGGUGAGAUGUUCUUAGUUCACAACGUCUAUUGAUUGUAGUAUUGUAGUAAUUCAUGUUUCCUGUUUAUUUUUUUGCAGAAAUUCAGGGAAAAGCUUCCAUCAUUUGGAAAGAAAGAGGUAAGAUCUGAGACAUUGUUCCUCCUGAUGGAACAUGGAUGCUAGGCCUCUGCUUACCACGUGGGUGUGUCUUCACCCAAGACAGGAAUAGGAUCUCAUCUUGUAGGACGUUUCUGUAUGAUGAAAACCUUGCAACUACAUUUUUGCCAAUUUCCAUAUACACUGAACAAAAAAUAUAAACGCAACAUGUAAAGUGUUGGUCCCAUGGUUCAUGAGCUGAAAUAAAAGAUCCCAGACAUUUUCCAUAUGCACAAAAAACGUAUUUCUCUCAAAGUUUGUGCACAAAUUUGUUAACAUCCCUGUUCGUGAUCAUUUCUCCUUUGCCAAGAUAAUCCAUCCACCUGACAGGUGUGGCAUAUCAAGAAGCGAUUAAAUAGCAUGAUCAUUACAGAGGUGCACCUUGUGUUGGGGACAAUUAAAGGCCACUCUAAAAUGUGCAGUUUUGUCACACAACACAAUGCCACAGAUGUUUCAAGUUUAGAGGGAGCAUGCAAUUGGCAUGCUGACUGCAGGAAUGUCCACCAGAGCUGUUGCCAGAGAAUUGAAUGUUCAUUUCUCUACCAUAAGCCGCAUCCAAUGUUGUUUUGGAGAAUUUGACAGUACAUCCAACCAGCCUCACAACCGCAGACCACAUGUAACCACGCCAGCCCAGGACCUCCACAUCCGGCUUCUUCACCUUUAGGAUCGUCUUGAGACCAGCCACCCGGACAGCUGAUGAAACUGUGGGUUUGCACAACAGAAGAAGAAGAAGAACCGGAGAAUCUCUGCACAAACUGUCAGAACCGUCUCAGGGAAGCUCAUCUGCGUGCUCAUCGUCCUCACCAGGGGUCUUGACCUGACUGCAGUUUGGCGUCGUAAACAUCUUCAGUGGGCAAAUGCUCACCUUUGAUGGCCACUGGCAUGCUGGAGAAGUGUGCUUUUCAUGAGUGAAUCCCGGUUUCAACUGUACUGGGCAGAUGGUAGGCAGUGUGUAUGGCAUCGUGUGGGUGAGCGGUUUGCUGAUGUCAAUGUUAUGAACAGAGUGCCAAACGGUGGUGGUGGGGUUAUGGUAUGGGCAGGCAUAAGCUACUGACAACGAACACAAUUGUAUUUUAUCGAUGGCAGUUUGAAUGCACAGAGAUACCGUGAUGAGAUCCUGAGGCCAAUUGUCGUGCUAUUCGUCCGCUGCCAUCACCUCAUGUUUCAGCAUGAUAAUGCACGGGCCCAUGUCGCAAGGAUCUGUACACAAUUCCUGGAAGCUGAAAAUGUCCCAAUUCUUCCAUGGCCUGCAUACUCACCAGACAUGUCUCCCAUUGAGCAUGUUUGGGAUGCUCUGGAUCGAUGUGUACGACAGCUUGUUCCUGUUCCCGUCAAUAUCCAGCAACUUCAUAAAGCCAUUGAAGAGGAGUGGGACAACAUUCCACAGGCCACAAUCAACAGCCUGAUCAACUCUAUGCGAAGGAGAUGUGUCACGCUGCAUGAGGCAAAUGGUGGUCAUACCAGAUACUGACUGGUUUUCUGAUCCACGCCCCUACCUUUUUUUUAAAAGGUAUCUGUGACCAACAGAUGCAUAUCUGUAUUCACAGUCAUGUGAAAUCCAUAGAUUAGGGCCUAAUGAAUUUAUUUCAAUUGACAGAUUUCCUUAUAUGAGCUGUAACUCAGUAAAAUCUUUGAAAUUGUUGAAUGUUGCAUUUAUAUUUUUGUUCAAUGUGUACACACACACUCAGUCAGUGACUAGUUUAUUAGGUACACCCAUCUAGUACUAGGUCCGACCCCCCUUUGCCUCCAGAACAACCUAAAUUCUUUGGUGCGUGGAUUCUACAAGGUGUGGCAUUCAAAUGUUGCUAAUUUGGUAUCAAGGGACCUAACGUGCCAGGAAAACAUUCCCCACACCAUUACACCAAUGCCACCAGCCUGUACCGUUGACACCAGGCAGCAUGGGGCCAUGGACUCAUGCUGCUUACACCAAAUCCUGACUACCGUCAGCACGACCCAAUAGGUACCGUAAUUCUUUGGACCAGGCAGUGUUUUUCCACUCCUCAAUUGUCCAGUGUUGGUGAUUGCGUGCCCACUGGAGCUGCUUCUUCUUGUUUUUAGCUGAUAGGAGUUGAACCCGGUGUGGUCGUCUGCUGUAAUAGCCCAUCCGUGACAAGGACCGACGAGUUGUGCGUUCUGAGAUGCCGUUCUGCACACUCCUGUUGUACUGCGCCGUUAUUUGCCUGUUGGUGGCUCGCCUGUUUGCUUGCACGAUUCUUGCCAUUCUCCUUCGACCUCUCAUCAACGAGCUGUUUUCGCCCACAGGACCGCCGCUGGAUGUUUUUUGUUUGUCGCACCAUUCUCGGUAAACCCUAGACACUGUUGUGUGUGAAAAGCUCAGGAGGGCGGACAUUUCUGAGACACUGCUACCGAUGUGCCUUGCACUGAUGAUCAUACCACGCUCAAAGUCGCUUAGGUCACUAGUUUUGCCCAUUUUAACAUUCAAUCAAACAGCAACUGAAUGCCUCGAUGCCCGUCUGCCUGCUUUAUAUAGCAGAUUCACUGUCUGUAGGAGCGAGCCAUUUUCGUGAACGGUAUGGUGUACCUAAUAAAAGGACCUCUGAGUGUGUGUGUGGACACGCCUUCAAAUGAGUGGAUUCAGUUAUUUCAGCCACACCCGUUGCUGACACUCCACUGGCUUCCAGUUGAAGCUCGCAUCUGCUACAAGACCAUAAUGCUUGCCUACGGAGCUGUGAGGGGAACGGCACCUCCUUACCUUCAGGCUCUGAUCAGUCCCUACACCCAAACGAGGGCAUUGCGUUCUUCCACCUCUGGCCUGCUGGUCCCCCUACCUCUGCGGAAGAACAGUUCCCGCUCAGCCCAGUCAAAACUGUUCGCUGCUCUGGCACCCCAAUGGUGGAACAAGCUCCCUCACGACGCCAGGACAGCGGAGUCACUCACCACCUUCCGGAGACACUUGAAACCCUACCUCUUUAAGGAAUACCUGGGAUAGUAUAAAAGUAAUCCUUGUGGAAACAUCUAGGAGCAACAACGGCUCAGCCGCGAAGUGAAGUGGUAGGCCACACGAGCUCACAGAACGGGACUGCCAAGUGCUGAAGCGUAAAAAUCUUCUGUCCUCAGUUGCAACACUCACUACCGUCGGCUGGAGUGGUGUAAAGUUCGCUGCCAUUGGACUCUGGAGCAGUAGAAACUCAUUCUCUGGAGUGAUGAAUCACGCUUCGCCAUUUUUAAAAUUUAAUUUAACCUUUAUUUAACUAGGCAAGUCAGUUAAGAACUAAUUCUUAUUUGCAAUGACGGCCUACCCAGGCCAAACCCGGACAACGCUGGGCCAAUUGUGCGCCGCCCUAUGGGACUCACAAUCACGGCCGGAUUGUGAUACAGCCUGGAAUCUAACCAGGGUCUGUAGUGACGCCUCGAGCAAUGAGAUGCAGUGCCUUAGACCGCUGCGCCACUCGGGAGCCCAAACACAUGCGCUGCCCGGGAAUCAAACCCGGGUUGCAAGAAUGGGAAUCUUGCAUGAUACCACUACACCAGCGGCGCAUUUCAUAAGUCAAGGACGAUCUGACAGUCCGACGGACAAAUCUGGGUUUGGCGGAUGCCAGGAGAACGCUACCUGCCUCAUGGUUCUGGCUAGGCCCCUUAGUUCCAGUGAAGGGAAAUCUUAACGCUAGAGCAUACAAUGACAUUCUAGACUAUUCUGUGCUUCCAACUUUGUGGCAACAGUUUGGGGAAGGCCCUUUCCUGUUUCAGCAUGACAAUGCCCCCGUGCACAAAGCGAGGUCCAUACAGAAAUGGUUUGUCAACAAAAUGUUCGCUCUUGAUUUAUUUGAUGUAUUGAAAGCAACUCCCCUCAAUGUACUCUGAACAUUUCAUAACUCCAGGACCAAUAAAUGUAUUCUAAAUAGCAUCUUGUUAAUGUUUGUUAAUGGUAAAAUAUUGAAUUGUUUUCCAUUUCCUGAAAAGAUAAGAGGUUAAGGUAUUAAAGAUGAUGAGGGUUUCAUCCGACAGCUACAGAAAGUGUCUUGCCUCACCUCUGUUCUGUCCUAUCCUGUCCUCUCUCUGGUUCAUCAGGAGUUGGUGGAGUUGAUCAGAUCCAGCCAGGUGCUGGUGGUCAGUGGGGAGACGGGCUGUGGUAAGACCACCCAGGUGACUCAGUUUAUCCUGGAUGACUACAUAGAGAGGGGCAUGGGUUCAGUCUGCAGGGUGGUCUGCACCCAACCACGACGCAUCAGUGCCAUAUCCGUGAGUAACGAGUCUGUGUGUGUGUGUGUGUGUGUAUUGCUCCUGUUCCAGGUGUGUGUGUGUGUGUGUGUGUGUGUAUUGCUCCUGUUCCAGGUGUGUGUGUGUGUGUGUAUUGCUCCUGUUCCAGGUGUGUGUGUGUGUGUGUGUGUGUGUAUUGCUCCUGUUCCAGGUGUGUGUGUGUGUGUGUGUGUAUUGCUCCUGUUCCAGGUGUGUGUGUGUGUGUGCGUGCGUAUUGCUCCUGUUCCAGGUGUGUGUGUGUGUGUGUGCGUGUGUAUUGCUCCUGUUCCAGGUGUGUGUGUGUGUGUGUGUGUGUGUGCGUGCGUAUUGCUCCUGUUCCAGGUCUGUGUGCGUGUGUGCGUGUGUAUUGCUCCUGUUCCAGGUGUGUGUGUGUGUGUGUGUGUGUAUUGCUCCUGUUCCAGGUGUGUGUGUGUGUGUGUGUGUGCGUGUGUAUUGCUCCUGUUCCAGGUCUGUGUGUGUGUGUGUGUGUGUGCGUGCGUAUUGCUCCUGUUCCAGGUGUGUGUGUGUGUGUGUGUGUGUGCGUAUUGCUCCUGUUCCAGGUCUGUGUGUGUGUGUGUGUGUGUGCGUGCGUAUUGCUCCUGUUCCAGGUGUGUGUGUGUGUGUGUGCGUAUUGCUCCUGUUCCAGGUGUGUGUGUGUGUGUGUGUGUGUGUGUAUUGCUCCUGUUCCAGGUGUGUGUGUGUGUGUGCGUGCGUAUUGCUCCUGUUCCAGGUGUGUGUGUGUGUGUGUGUGUGUGUGUGUGUGUGCGUAUUGCUCCUGUUCCAGGUGUGUGUGUGCGUGCGUAUUGCUCCUGUUCCAGGUGUGUGUGUGAGUGUGUGUGUGCGUGCGUAUUGCUCCUGUUCCAGGUGUGUGUGUGUGUAUUGCUCCUGUUCCAGGUGUGUGUGUGUGUAUUGCUCCUGUUCCAGGUGUGUGUGUGUGUGUGUGCGUGCGUAUUGCUCCUGUUCCAGGUGUGUGUGUGUGUGUGUGUGUGUGCGUAUUGCUCCUGUUCCAGGUGUGUGUGUGUGUGUGCGUACGUAUUGCUCCUGUUCCAGGUGUGUGUGUGUGUGUGUGCGUAUUGCUCCUGUUCCAGGUGUGUGUGUGUGUGUGUGUGCGUGCGUAUUGCUCCUGUUCCAGGUGUGUGUGUGUUUAUUGCUCCUGUUCCAGGUGUGUGUGUGCGUGCGCAUUGCUCCUGUUCCAGGUGUGUGUGUGUGUGUGUGUGUGUGUGUGUGUGUUUUACCUUUUUCAGUAUGUGUGGUGUUCCUUCUGAUGUGUGCUUUUCCCAGGUGUGUACUCUCUUGUCAAUGUGUGUGUGUGUGUGUUUUAGGUAGCAGAGCGGGUGGCUGCGGAGAGGGCCGAGAGUGUGGGGGACGGGAACUCCUGUGGUUAUCAGAUCCGCCUGCAAAGGUGAGUUUUCUAUUUGGAGUGGAACCUCUCUUUAACUCUUUGGCCUAUAUGGAUAGGACUACAUUGAAAUGAUUCUUACAGAAGAAAAUAUGAAAAGCGUGGUAGUAAUUGAAACAGUUUGGAGAUUAUGAGAAAAUUGUAGGUCGAUGUUGAAGACACAACCUUCACCUGACACAAAACGGAAUCCAAAUAUUACACUGUUGAUUUUAUGUGCAUUUUACAUUUACUGUACUUUUGGCCGCAUUUGUUGAUAACGAAAUCUGAAAAUACUCUGCAUACAUUCAGUAACAUGAUAGUAAUAUUCCUGGAAAAUGUGAGGUAGGUGCAACAGAAUACAAGGGUUUGAGUGAGAGGUCUAACUGGUGUCUCCAAGUGGCCCCACACCUCUCCAAAGUGUGCACAGUUCCUAAGCACUUUUAUGACUCAAAGAAGUCUUCUACUAUAAGGUGCUGUUUUUAUCUCUCCUAGCUGUGUCGUUGAGGACCUAGAGAAAGGACACUUGUAGUUGUUUUGUUUGGAACACAGCCCUGCAUCCCCGCCAUCACACAGUUACUGUUGUUGUUUACGCAAUCCCAAAACGGCCCAUUUUAUAAAUCGCGAUCUGGGUCAGGUGGGAAUCAUUUGAAAGCUUUUGUUCUAUUGCCAACAUGACUAGCUAAGAUAUAAUAUAUGAUCUUACAGCGUUAGGCAUUCACAAGGCAAUUCAGAGAAACUGAUUUGUAAUUUUGGUGUCCAUAAAAAGGAGUCCUGAUUUCAUUCAGGACACAGCACAUUUUCUUCACCACAGACAAACACAGGCUCUGUUCAGACAAACACAGGCUCCCUCUGUUCAGACAAACACAGGCUCCCUCUGUUCAGACAAACACAGGCUCCCUCUGUUCAGACAAACACAGGCUCCCUCUGUUCAGACAAACACAGGCUCCCUCUGUUCAGACAAACACAGGCUCACUCUGUUCAGACAAACACAGGCUCUGUUCAGACAAACACAGGCUCUGUUCAGACAAACACAGGCUCUGUUUAGACAAACACAGGCUCUGUUUAGACAAACACAGACUCACUCUGUUCAGAACAACCCAGGGUAUGAGGCCAUGCCAUCUUGUAACUGUACAUCAAACAUAGAGAUCAUAUACGUUGACACUGCAUGACAACUCAUGACAUGAGUUUUAUGAUAUGGAAAUGUGAAGUGCACAUUUGGACUCACAGGUGUUUGGCUUGCUUGUAUGACAUCAACGCGAUAUUUAUUAUAAUCCUCAACGUCUCAUCUUUCAAAAUACAUGGUCGUCUUAAUUUACAGCAUUUCCCUCACUCAAACAAUUAUAUCUUUUUUGCCAAAGUUUCCCAAGCGAUGGGGCAACUUCUUGUCUUGUGCGGUGCUCAAGGUCAGAAUGUUGUCCGUCAGUCAAAACCCAUACAGUACUGUGAAGCACAGUUCUGACGUCAUGUAUAGCAUCUUACUGUACAGCCACUAACGUUCCAAUUCAUACACUUAUUAGGUCCCAAAUCUGCCAUUUUCAACCCGUAUACGGGUGUGAGUGUAAAGGGUUAAGGGUAUAGAGAAAGCACAGCUGCUCAUAUAAUACAGGGGUUUAAACGCCCCAAUGCUUUGUGACUAACUAGAAAGUGUGUGGAGGCCGUACACGCUGGGUGACCGAGGGAUCACCUGAGGCUGCAGACAGCUGUGGAGGCCGUACAAGCUGGGUGACCGAGGGAUCACUGAGGCUGCAGACAGCAUCUUGUCUGGAUGUUUAGACGCUCUCAGUGAGUCUCAGUUGGAGAUGUGUUCUGCACCACACAGACACACUGAGCUCCGGCUCACAUAGCAGCGUCUGUUCUGUGUUUCUGUACAACUCUGAUGUUAGGGGCGGGCGGAGAAAAUGCAACUAAUCCCAUCAAGGGUGUGUGUGUGUGUGUUGGAGGCGGUAAUGUGUUUGGGCUGAAGGACUAGAAGCAUUGGUAGUGUGUGUGGGGGAGUACAGACAGACAGACAGGGGUAUGGACAGACACAGACAUGGGUAUGGGGUACACUGUGUUGGUUCGUGGGCUCUGCUUAGCCUCCAAGCAGACUUAUCCAAAGAAACAGUUUGUUACAUUUUAACAUUUACAUUCUAGUCAUUUAGCAGAAGCUCUUAUCCAGAGCGACUUACAGGAGCAAUUAGGGUUAAGUGCCUUGCUCAAGGGCACAUCGACAGAUUAUAGUAGGCUUCGGGGAUUCGAACCAGUGGCCUUUCAGUUACUGGCCCAACGCUCUUAACCGCUAGGCUACCUGACACUUGUCUGUUCCUGUGUGUGUGUGUGUGUGUGUGUGUGUGUGUGUGUGCGUGUGUGUGUGUGUGUGUGUGUGUGUGUGUGUGUGUGUGUGUGUGUGUGUGUGUGUGUGUGUGUGUGUGUGUGUGUGUGUGUGUGUGUGUGUGUGUGUGUGUGUGUGUGUGUGUGUGUGUGUGUGUGUGUGUGUGUGUGUGUGAGAGAGAGAGAAGGAACAAGAGUGAGAUUGUGGGGUUUGCCAAAAUUGAAUUUGUAUGUCUUGUUUGUGAGGAAGCGAGCAAGUGUGUGUGUUUCACUCCUGGGCUAGGUUACUGGACCAUAGAGUCACUCAGAUAAUGGUCUCCUUUUGGUGAGGGGGUUCAGAGGAGACGGAAUAGACACGUUUCUCUCAUCCUCAUAUUCUUCUCCUUACUAAAGGAAUUAAAGGUGUAUGCUGUUUUGCAUAGGAAGUGUGUUGUGAUGACCUCUCCUGUUAGGUUAGAUUUCUGAGUGGUUGAGCUGCUGUCCGGAUGUUUCCACAGAUGGUGGGCUUUGAAAGGACAUCUAUAAACCCCCUAUAGUCCUCCUAAGCCACGGUCCUAUCAGUGAUCAUCUGGGUUAUUGAUUUCUCAAGCUCUGGGAUCACCAGUCAGGAUGAGUUGAGGGUAUGGCUAUUGGAAAUAAAGAAGAAGAAUGUACAAGCAGCCAGGUGUGAGUGUGUUUGCUCGUGCGUUGUGUGUGUGCGCACGCUGUGUGUGUGCUCACACAUUGUGUGUGUGUGUGUGGACACAUGACUCGACCUUCGCCUUUCCCGAGCCCGUUGGGGAGUUUCAGCGAUGAGACAAGAUCGUAAUUGGAUCGCAACUGGAUAACACAGAACUGGGGAGAAAAGGGGCUAAAAUAGACAUUAGACAAAAUGUGUAGAAUUGCAAGAAAAUACGUUUUAAACCUGCUAAAUUCUAUCCACCAACAAGAGGGGUGUGAACAGUUUGUGUCAUGAACAGUGCUUGUGGCCAUAGACGUGGCUUGUGCAGAAUAGAUGGACAGAAUAUAUGGACAGAGGAAAUAGGACAGAAUAGAAGGACAGAAUAGAUGGACAGAGGAAAUAGGACAGAAUAGAUGGACAGAGGAAAUAGGACAGAAUAGAUGGACAGAGGAAAUAGGACAGAAUAGAAGGACAGAAUAGAUGGAUAGAGGAAAUAGGACAGAAUAGAUGGACAGAGGAAAUAGGACAGAAUAGAAGGACAGAAUAGAUGGACAGAGGAAAUAUGACAGAAUAGAUGGACAGAGGAAAUAGGACAGAAUAGAUGGACAGAGGAAAUAGGACAAUAUAUGGACAGAGGAAAUAGGACAGAGGAAAUAGGACAGAGGAAAUAGGACAGAAUAGACAGAAUAGAUGGACAGAGGAAAUAGGACCGAAUAGAUGGACAGAAUAGAUGGACAGAAGAAAUAGGACAGAAUAGAUGUACAGAGGAAAUAGGACAGAAUAGAUGGACAGAGGAAAUAGGACAGAAUAGAAGGACAGAAUAGAUGGACAGAGGAAAUAGGACAGAAUAGAUGGACAGAGAAAAUAGGACAGAAUAGAUAGACAGAGGAAAUAGGACAGAAUAGAAGGACCGAAUAGAUGGACAGAGGAAAUAGGACAGAAUAGAAGGACAGAAUAGAUGGACAGAGGAAAUAGGACAGAAUAGAUGGACAGAGGAAAUAGGACAAUAUAUGGACAGAGGAAAUACGACAGAAUAGAUAGACAGAGGAAAUAGGACAGAAUAGAAGGACAGAAUAGAUGGAUAGAGGAAAUAGGACAGAAUAGAUGGACAGAGGAAAUAGGACAGAAUAGAUGGACAGAGGAAAUAGGACAGAAUAGAAAGACAGAGGAAAUAGGACAGAAUAGAAGGACAGAAUAGAUGGACAGAGGAAAUAGGACAGAAUAGAUGGACAGAGGAAAUAGGACAGAAUAGAAGGACAGAAUAGAUGGACAGAGGAAAUAGGACAGAAUAGAUGGACAGAGGAAAUAGGAAAAAAUAGAAGGACAGAAUAGAUGGACAGAGGAAAUAGGACAGAAUAGAAGGACAGAAUAGAUGGACAGAGGAAAUAGGACAGAAUAGAUGGACAGAGGAAAUAGGACAGAAUAGAAGGACAGAAUAGAUGGACAGAGGAAAUAGGACAGAAUAGAUGGACAGAGGAAAUAGGACAGAAUAGAUGGACAGAGGAAAUAGGACAGAAUAGAUGGACAGAGGAAAUAGGACAGAAUAGAUGGACAGAAUAGAUGGACAGAGGAAAUAGGACAGAAUAGAUGGACAGAAUAGAUGGACAGAGGAAAUAGGACAGAAUAGAUGGACAGAAUAGAUGGACAGAGGAAAUAGGACAGAAUAGAUGGACAGAAUAGAUGGACAGGGAGAGAGGAGGAAAAACAAAAGGAGGUUGCAAUGGAGGAGAGAUGACAGACUGGGGUAAUCGUGUGUCCAUGGGGCUCAGAGAGAGGUUAAUGUGAUCAACGUCAUACUGGGACUACAAAUCAGCCUUAGAAGAAGAUAGUAUUCCUGUCACACACUGUGUGUGUGUGUGUGUGUGUGUGUGCAUGUGCGUGUGUAUAGCAGCCACAAGCUUACUCCACUCUCUGAAAUGUGUUAGUGUAGGAAGAUAUCUAAUAAAUAUAUUUCUAAAAAGUGUAUAAUUCUCCCACUCAACUAUGUAAUCACUUAAUUUGUAUGUAAACAAGAGCAUGGGGACAUAUUUGACUGAAUACACCUGCUAAUGUAGCCUAGGCCCAGGGUCCAAAGUUUACAGUCGGGCCAGUUGGCCAAAAAUCUACUGUCCCGAACAGAAUUUCUACCGGACUUGGUGUAGUUUUUAAAUGCUUUGGGGGUCAUGCAGGGCCUAUAUUUUGGCAUGCUUCUAUAUUCAGCUAUUAAUAGGCUACAAUUAGGAUAUUAUGAUAUGAAUUAAAGUGAUUUUCUUGUGUUUUAUAUAUGUUUCCACACUGAGGUUUGAAUGAUACUGUGAAAUGUAGAAAAUUAUGAUAAUGCAAUUUUAGUGUAAGAGCUGAAAUUACAGCUUGUUUGGCUGGGUGGGGUUUUUGGUUAGUAGACCAAUAACAAAGAGAGUUUUCCCUCCUCUCAGCUAAUUACAGCUAGUUUUUAGGUUACACAUCCCUCCUAUUAGGAUCCUCCAUUAGGCCCCUCUCAGACCACUCCUAGACAGAAAGUCCAUUUAGCUUAGAUAUUUUGGUUUCUUUUUGACUAUUUUAAUUGAAAACAGUUACAGUAAAGUACUUACUUCAUUGUUACCCAGAAAUCAUUUGAUAUUGGGAUAAAAAAAACCCAGCUACAUUGGACCUUUUUUUAAAAAGCUGUGUAAUGUAAUUUAGCAAUGCAAGUCAUUACUGUAUUCUUUAGAAUUGCAUUGUAUUCAUUUUUGUUUCUAAAGUAGGCCUAUGACAAUUUUAUAUAUUUUUUUGGUUUUUACAUCUCAAAAUAGGACGCUACCCCUUUAAGACAUAAGUUCCACAAGCGAUAUGGACCUGGCUACAGUAUUUAUAUUUUUUAUUUAACCUUUAUUUAACUACAACAAAUUCUUAUUUACAAUGACGGCCUACCAAAAGGCAAAAUAACUCCUGCGGGGACGGGGGCUGGGAUUAAAAAAUCUAUAAAUAUAUAAAUAUAGGACCAAACACACAUCACAACACUACAUAAAGAGAGACCUAAGACAACAACAUAGCAUGGCAGCAACACAUGACAACACAGCAAGGUAGCAACCCAACAUGAAAACAACAUUGUAGCAACACAACAUGGCAGCAGCACAACAUGGUGGCAGCAGCACAACCUUCAACAGAAUGUGACUGGCAGAACGGGUGUUGUAUGUGGAGGAUGAGGGCUGCAGUAGGUAUCUCAGAUAGGGGGGAGUGAGGCCUAAGAGGGUUUUAUAAAUAAGCAUCAACCAGUGGGUCUUGCGACGGGUAUACAGAGAUGACCAGUUUACAGAGGAGUAUAGAGUGCAGUGAUGUGUCCUAUAAGGAGCGUUGGUGGUAAAUCUGAUGGCCGAAUGGUAAAGAACAUCUAGCCGCUCGAGAGCACCCUUACCUGCCGAUCUAUAAAUUAUGUCUCCGUAAUCUAGCAUGGGUAGGAUGGUCAUCUGAAUCAGGGUUAGUUUGGCAGCUGGGGUGAAAGAGGAGCGAUUACGAUAGAGGAAACCAAGUCUAGAUUUAACCUUAGCCUGCAGCUUUGAUAUGUGCAGAGAGAAGGACAGUGUACCGUCUAGCCGUACUCCCAAGUACUUGUAUGAGGUGACUACCUCAAGCUCUAAACCCUCAGAGGUAGUAAUCACACCGGUGGGGAGAGGGGCAUUCUUCUUACCAAACCACAUUACCUUUGUUUUGGAGGUGUUCAGAACAAGGUUAAGGGCAGAGAAAGCUUGUUGAACACUAAGAAAGCUUUGUUGUAGAGCGUUUAACACAAAAUCCGGUGAGGGGCCAGCUGAGUAUAAAACUGUUUAAUCUGCAUAUAAAUGGAGAGAGAGCUUCCUACUGCCUGAGCUAUAUUGUUGAUGUAAAUUGAGAAGAGCGUGGGGCCUAGGAUCUAGCCUUGGGGUACUCCCUGGGUGACAGGCAGUGGCUGAGACAGCAGAUGUUCUGACUUUAUACACUGCAGUCUUUGAGAGAGGUAGUUAGCAAACCAGGCCAAUGACCCCUCAGAGACACCAAUACUCCUUAGCCGGCCCACAAGAAUGGAAUGUUCUACCGUAUCAAAAGCUUUGGCCAAGUCAAUAGAAAUAGCAGCACAACAUUGCUUAGAAUCAAGGACAAUGGUGACAUUAUUUAGGACCUUUAAGGUUGCAGUGACACAUCCAUAACCUGAGCGAAAACCAGAUUGCAUACCAGAGAGAAUACUAUAGACAUCAAGAAAGCCAGUCAGUUGAUUAUUGACAGGUUUUUCCAACACUUUUGAUAAACAGGGCAAAAUAGAAAUUGGCCUAUAACAGUUAGGAUCAGCUUGAUCUCCCCCUUUAAAUAAAGGAUGAACCGUGGCUGCCUUCCAAGCAAUGGGAACCUCCCCAGAGAGGAGAGACAGGUUAAAAAGGUCAGAGAUAGGCUUGGUGAUGAUAGGGGCAGCAACCUUAAAGAAGAAAGGGUCUAAACCAUCUGACCCUGAUGUUUUUUUGGGGUCAAGUAUAAGGAGCUCCUUUAGCAUCUCGGACUCCGUGACCGCCUGCAGGGAGAAACUUUGUAGCGGGGCAGGGGGAAAAGAGGGAGGAGCAUCGGGGCUAGUCACAUUAGAAGGGGUGGGAGAUGAGGAAAUAUUGGACGGGCAAUGAGGCAUGGCUGAGUCAAAUAGGAAUCCUGACUUAAUGAAGUGGUGAUUAAAGAGCUCAGCCAUGUGCUCUUUGUCAGUAACAACCACAUCAACAUUAAGGGACAUGGGCAGCUGUGAGGAGGAGGGUUUAUUCUCCAGGUCUUUAACCGUUUUCCAGAACAUCUUGGGGUUAGAUCCACAGAGGGAGAACUGCUCCUUAAAGUAACUAACUUUAGCCUUUCGGAUAGCCUGAGUGCACUUAUUUCACAUUUGCCUGAACGAGAGCCAGUCAGCCUGAGUAUGCGUGUGCCGAGCCUUUCGCCAAAUGGAAUUCCUGAGGUGGAGUAACUCUGCCACAUCAUGGUCGGGGCUGAACCUGUUUUUAAUUCUCAGUAGGCUAGCCAAGACUAAUGCUAGGUGUCUUUUAGCAGACUAUCAACAGUAGCCAGCAUAUUGCUAGUAUGUUCACUAUUGAAGGUUUACUUUUGUAAAUAACGUCCCCUAAAAUAAAUAAGCUCAGAGAGUAGAGUGAUGGGUGCUUCAUUUUGCUCUGGACAGCUCACAUGUGCUAUGUGAAGGCAUCAAGUUAUGUACCACUCGAGAAGUUGUGACUUGUGGGAGCGUGGUGUGGUGCUUGAACGAACGACCAAUCAUAUGGCUCAAAUACAGCAAGACUUUUUCGCUUGUUGUCGUCAAUGGUAGACUGCGACACAGCAGGUACACGUUGAACUGGAACGCAGAAAUGCACUGGAAUGUUACUUGGCCGGUCGGACAAGUGACUGACGAGAUCCACUGGCCCAACAGGUGUUUUUACUGGCCCAGGCCAGCUGGCCAUUGUUAAUGUCUGACCUUGCCCAGGGCUAUCAGCACUCCAACAUCCUCAUUCUCCCUCGCUUUUUCUGGGCCCUGAUUUAAAUGGCUUAUAGUAUAUUAGAGAAAGUAAGUAUAUAAACUCUAAUAACCUGCAUUAAUAAGUAUAUACGCGGUAAUAACCUGCAUUAAUAAGUAUAUAUGAGGUAAUAACCUGUAUUAAUAAGUAUAUAAGCUGUAAUAGCUUAUAUUAAUAAGUAUAUAAGCUGUAUUAAUAAGUAUAUUAGCUGAAUUAACCUGUAUUAAUAAGUAAGUAUAUAACCUGUAUUAAUAAGUAUAUAACCUGUAAUAACCUGUAUUAAUAAGUAAGUAUAUAAGCUGUAAUAACCUGUGUUAAUAAGUAAGUAUAUAAGCUGUAAUAACCUGUGUUAAUAAGUAAGUAUAUAAGCUGUAAUAACCUGUGUUAAUAAGUAAGUAUAUAAGCUGUAAUAACCUGUAUUAAGUGUUUUCUAUUCAAUUGUGUAUUCUUUUUUCUCCCUCCUCCUUUUAGUCGGUUACCACGGAAACAGGGCUCGGUGCUGUAUUGUACAACGGGUAUUAUUCUACAGUGGCUCCGCUCCUCCCCGUGAGUGUCUUCCUCUUCAUCAUCCUCCUCCCCUCUCCCAUCCCCAGCUCAUGCUCUCUUUCUUUUCCCAGCUGUUUUUCAUUCUGAAUCUCUCUCUCUCUCCCUGUCAGUCUGCUGUCCACCAUCAGCCACCUGGUUCUAGAUGAGAUUCAUGAGAGGAACCUUCACUCUGACGUUCUGCUCAUCAUCGUUAAGGACCUGCUCCGAGUCCGACAGGACCUCAAGGUCAUCCUCAUGAGUGCCACGCUCAACGCUGAGAAGUUCUCCAAAUACUUUGGUACACAAUGACAAACAGUGGGGAUUCAGUUUGUGUUUUGUCAUAGCAGUAUGUGCAAUGGAGUUUGAAAAUCAGAAAUGGAAAUUGGGAAUUACCAUUGAAUACAGUCAGCAUAUUCCUCACUCUGCUCCUUCCACUCUCUCUCCCUCCACUCUCUCCCUCCCUUCCUGUCUCUCCAGAUAACUGUCCUAUGAUCCACAUCCCGGGGAUGACCUUCCCAGUGCAAGAGUUCCUACUGGAGGAUGUGUUGGAGAUGAUUAGGUGAGAUCCUACCGGAGGAUGUGUUGGAGAUGAUUAGGUGAGAUCCUACUGGAGGAUGUGUUGGAGAUGAUUAGGUGAGAUCCUACUGGAGGAUGUGUUGGAGAUGAUUAGGUGAGAUCCUACUGGAGGAUGUGUUGGAGAUGAUUAGGUGAGAUCCUACUGGAGGAUGUGUUGGAGAUGAUUAGGUGAGAUCCUACUGGAGGAUGUGUUAGAGAUGAUUAGGUGAGAUCCUACUGGAGGAUGUGUUGGAGAUGAUUAGGUGAGAUCCUACUGUACACACUAGGAUAUAUCCACUAGCCUUAAGCCUAAAGGAAUGGGGAAGAUCAGCACCUUCUAAUCCGGUGACCUUAGACUUUGGGCUGAACUAUGUGGUUGUGUGUGUAUGUGUGGUUGUGGUUGUGUGUGUGUGUGUGUGGUUGUAUAUGUGUGUGUGCGCCAGGUACCGUCCCCAGAAGCAGGAGCGGAGGCCCAGGUGGAAGAGGGGUUUCAUGCAGGGUCACAACUCCCGACCAGAGAAGGAGCAGAAAGAGGCAGAGUACAAGGAGAGCUGGCCCUGCUACGCCCGCACCCUCCGAGACAAGUAAGUUACUGAGGGGGACAGGACAAUCUCAUGAUGAAUCUCCAGUUUCUUUAAUAAACAGAUCGAUUCUCUCUGACAUGUCAUGCUGUUAGUUUACUGGACAUCCAUUAUAUUACUCUGAUAGGACAGUGGUUGCGGAGAGGAUUAUCAAAGCUGUCUAACAAAUGAUAUCACUAAUUUAAUAAAUUACUGUUGUCUUUGGUUCUGCAUCAUUGCUGAUAGCAUUACUGUCUCAUUCUUUGAUUGAUUAGUCUUCCUGUUUGUGUCUGUUCCUGUCUGUGAUUGGUGACUCCGCGUGUGUGUCUCAUUGUGAUUGGCAGGUACUCUGACAGCACCAUAGAUGUGUUGGAGAUGAUGGACGAAGAUGAUAAGAUUGACCUGGAGCUCAUUGUGCAGCUGAUCAGACACAUCGUGCUGAGCCAGGAAGUGAGUGUGAACUUUAUCUUGGUGUGGAGUAGAGCCUGACCGAUAUGUUUUUUUGGGUCCGAUUCUGAUUUUUGGGGGUACAAAACAUGCUGAUAUAUCUGCCGGUAUACUGUUUUACACCGGGGAAAUUAAAAUUGUAAUUUUCCCACACUGAAUUCUCAUGUAUUUCCAUCCAAAAGAGCAAUUGUCCAAAACUGCUUCAAAUGUUGAUUUCAUACAUAGUGAUAAUAGUGACAUCAUGAGAAUGGCAGGAAGUGUUCAGAUCAGCAUGAGAUUCCCUGUUUAUAUCCUAUUUAUUGAAUAUUAGUUAUCAGUGUAAUUAUCGACCGAUAUAGCGGUAAAAGGCCAAUAUCGGCCAAUAAUAUUGGUGAACCGAUAUAUCGGUCGGGCUCUAGUGUAGAGCCCCACCAAACUGCUAUUUUGGUGUUGAUAGAGUGAAAUACAACAUAAAACAUAAGUUCAAUCAAUAAUCAAUCCAUAUCUUUGUCCCAUUUGUCAAUUUACAAUAAUAGAACAUAUAUUCACUUGACGAAAAACAGUAUUUUCCCCAUGUAGGACCAUUAUCCAGUAGCAUUGGUUGAUUUUACAUUUUACAUUUUAGUCAUUUGGCAGACGCUCUUAUCCAGAGCGACUUACAGUUAGUGAGUGCAUACAUUUUCAUACUGGCCCCCCGUGGGAAUCGAACCCACAACCCUGGCGUUGCAAGCGCCAUGCUCUACCAACUGAGCUAGCUACACGGGACCUUCGGGUAGCUCAGUUGGGUGGAUAACAUGGAGACUUGAAGAAGGGCUAUGUGGUUGAAACACGAAGAGGAGAGUUUCUCUAUACAGGUUUGGGCCUAGGGGUCCAUUUGAAAUUCAGCAACCCUGUCUCUGUCAGCUACCAUGACUCAGAAGGGAGUCAGCUGGCUGGUUGGCUGUAACAUUGUCAGAGAACUGAGAGGAAAGCAGUAGAUUGGACAUGACAGGGUUCUUAGUGUGGGUCUAGGGGCCGGCUGUCAGGGUUCUGACUGUGGUGAUUGGUUAAUGAGCGAGAGAUUCUAAAAUGCCAUUUUACCAUUUAUAAAAUGGCCAUACAUCUUUUUUUUUUUUUUUGCAGACCAGCAAAGAAAUAAGUUAAAUUGGUUAAAAAGGGGAGGUGCAAAAACGUUAGUUUGCAACCCCUCUUUUAAUUUGCUCCAUGGCAAGGCGGCCAAGUGUAGGAUAAUCACUACUUAACAAAGCCACAAAGACAUAAAGCCUGUCUAUUCCUAAAUUGUCUGUUAUUAAAAUCAGAUUUUAAACCUAACUCUCACCUUAAUCCUAACCUUGACCACACUGCUAACCUUAGCCUAACCCAAAUCUAGGCUACAGAGAAAAGCUGAUUGGCUCUCAGACAACUCGCAAAUAGGAAGAACUUUGCAGCAGGUGUUUCUGGUUAAUAAACAUUGCCAUGCUGGUGGGUGGUAAAAAUGUGCACGUCAUCUCAUAGGAAAAGUCACGUAAGACACACGGAAAUAUCCGAAGUCACACAUUCGGAUUUGGCACUUCAAGACCAAAUAUAUAAUAACAUACUUUGACUAAAACGAUGACUUAUUGAAUUACAUCGUUGCGCAACAUCAUGGGUAAGCUCUGUCCAUCGUCUUUCAGUUCGAAAAAAGUGGAUUUAUACUGUUGUGGGAGUAAAAAAAAAACACACAAAAAAACAACUUCUACAAUGACACCGUCUCAUAAUUUCUUUGGUGGGAAAACAACGGUGCAAAGCAAAAUAAAUAUAUGAACACUCAGUUGUAUCUAUUUCUCCAUGUUUCAUGUUAGUCUGUAUGUCCACAUUUUAAAUGUCCACCAUGUUAGGCUAAAUUAUAGAGAAAAGUAACCAAAUUUCAUUAAUUUUUAUUUGUAUAUAUGUUUGAUAGAGAACACUGUUCAAGUGUUCACCGUUAUGCUAGCUCAAUCUUCCUCACUCACAGAGCUAGGCUGUUAGCAUUAUGCACCAAACAGGUUGGAAAAUGCACCAAAAAAAAGUAAAUGCCUGAGCUCGACCAAUAUGUUUUUUCAAACAUCUUCUUUUUCUGAUGGAAUACAAAAAUAUAUAAUUUUUUUCCCUAAAGUUAUGAGAUCCAAAAGGCACUGGACGGUAGGAAUGACCCAAUCGGCUAUCUUACAGUCUGCGUGUGUCAUGGCGUGUUUCACGUGUCCCUCCUGGGUUUGUGUGGUGGAGGUUUAGGAUUCAUUAGCAUUAAGCAGAGAGCUCUGGGAACAACGGUCUCUGAAGCUGCUCCAUCACAACACUAUCUCAAUUCAGUCAGCUCAGGUAAUGUGAACCCUGCAGCUGCUCCAUCACAUCAGUCAUUCCACCUCAAAAAGCACAAGAAAGAGGAUUUCGACACCCUCCGUCUCAGAUUGUUCUGAAGUCGUUUCUGUAGUUAGAAACAGUUAAGAUUAGCAUUCCUGAAACAUUCGUUUGUUUAAAUAUAAUUUGAUCUGAGAAAUUAAGAUAAUUGAUUUCACCCAAAUUGGUCAUUUUAAUUUAUAGGAUUAAUAUAGUACCUAACAUCCAAUUUGGACCAUAAUUCUUCCUAACAAUGAGUUAGACAUGAGGAAUCCAAUAAAAUGGUCAAAAGCCACCAUCGGAACCCCCACACCUAUGCCAAUCCCACCCCAACAACCAGUAAACACUAUCACUUCUCAAUGUUUGACAAGUAGUAUGAAGUUACGGCUUGGAGUAUUGCUUCUCCAUACUAUGUACACUGUGAAUCUGGUGAUGUUUUUUUCCACCCUGUUCAGAAGAAAUUAAUCACUGAAGUUGCUUGCAUUAUUUACCAUAAAUGAAUGUGAAGGUACCAAGUUUUGCCCACUUGAUGUCGCUGUUCCUGAUUUAUUUGAUCCAUUUUGCUGAUCUCUUGCGUUUAUAAAAUGGAUCACAACAUUUUCUUUGCAACUUUGGGUAGACAACUAAUAGCUUUUGCUCAUUUAAAUGUUUGGGUGGGAUUGGCGUGGGUUGCCCGUGGGUGGCUUUUUACAAUUUUAUUGGAUUCCUCAUGUCUUACUCGUUGUUAGGAAUAAUUAUGGUCCAAAUCCAAGGUUAGGUACUAUAUUUAUUAAAGAUUAUAUGAAUCCUGUAAAUGAAAAUGUCCAAUUUGGCAAUCAAAUUAAAUUAAAUGUCAACAGAAUAAUGUUUCAGGAUAAUCUAAUCUGGUUCUAACUACAGAAAUGACUUCAGAACAAUCUGAGAUGGUGGGUGUCAUGGCUUGAAGAAAUGACAUGGAAUGACCCCCAAUCCUCUCCAGUCAGCUCAGGUACCAGAUUCUGUUCAUGAAUGGCAAAAAGUCCUCUUCAUAAAUCGUAAUAAUGGACUACUUUUCAUGAAUUCAACAGGAUUGUAAUGACAUCGCCCCCAACCCUGAUGCUAAAACGACUACCCAAGAUACAAGCCAACUAAGCUAACUACCUAAUUACUGUACACUUUUAGGCUGCGUUUACACAGGCAGCCCAAUUCUGAUCUUUUGCCCAAUUGUUGGCUGAUCUGAUUGGUCAAAAGACCAAUUAGUGGAAAAAUAUCAGAUUUGUGCUGCCUGUGUAAACGCAGCCUAAGACCACCAUUAAAGCUAAACUAACGCUAACAUGGCCACUAUUCUCCUCUGAAUUGUGUGGAUUGUGGUUAGCUCGGCUUUGUCUCUGUGUGGCUCUGGGUUUUUAGGUGUGAUUUUUGUUCCCUUUUGAGCAAAUUAGGCUUUUAUUCAUUCCAAAACCCCAAAACAGAGGCACUUCUUUUUGUAAUUACCUAAUUUGACUGUGUAGUCAGUGUGAAGAAGGCUUUGUGUGCUUACUCCGAGCAGAGAGAGGCUGGCUUGGCUGAGAUGACAGAAAGUGGGAAUGUUUAUGAAAAUUGUAGAAUUCAGGUUCCUGUUUGUUUGUUCAGGUCAUGUUUGUUUAUUCAGGGCCUGUUUGUUUGUUUGUUUCUGACUGUAAUGGAAAAGCUUUGAUGUGCCUGUUGCCAGAGGGUGUUGAUGUGUUUCUGAGUGUGUGUGUGGAUGUGUGUGUGUUGAUGUGUGUGUGUCCUGUCCUUGUGUUCCAGGAAGGAGCCAUCUUGGUAUUCCUGCCAGGUUGGGACAACAUCAGUGGCCUCAAUGACCUCCUCAUGGCCCAGCAGAUGUUCAAAUCAGGUACACACCUAUCCACACACACACACACACACACACACACACACACAUACCACACACACACACCACACACACUAUCCACCACACAACACACAACACAACACAUCCACACACACACACACACACACACACACACCACACACCACACACACACACACACACACCACACCACACACACCCCACACACACACACACACACACACACCACAACACACACACACACACACACCUAUCCACACACACCACACACACACACACACCACACCUAUCCACACACCACACACACCCACACAACACCACACACACACACACCACACCACCCACAACACCACAUACACACACACACACAUCCACACCACACACACACACACCACACACCUAUCCACACACACACCACCCACACACACACACACCUAUCCACCACCACACACCCCACCACCCACACCACCACCACCCCCACACCACCUAUCCCCACACCCACACACCCCUAUCCCACACACCCACCACACCCACACACACACACACCACACCCACACACCUAUCCACACACACACACACACACACACACACACACCACACACACACACACACAUACACACACACACGCUGUGUGUCUGAACCUUGUCUGACCUUGUGUUUCAGAUGGGUUUGUGAUCAUUCCCCUGCACUCCCUGAUGCCUACUGUCACCCAGACCUCGGUGAGCAUGGUCUCAGAAACACUCCUUUCACCCAGAACAGAACAUUAAUAACCCAGGGAGUGAUGCUGUCUGUUCUGACUGGUCUCCCUCUUCAGGUGUUCAAAAGGCCCCCUCCAGGAGUCAGGAAGAUUGUCAUUGCCACCAAUAUCGCUGAGACCAGGUGUGUGUAUAUUUGUGUAUUUUUGUUAGUGCCUUUUCCCCCAUCCCUUACACUCUGUUAGUGUGUGUGUGUCUAUACUUUUUUUUGUACAGAAGCUUCCUACUAUUAUCACAGACACUGAGUGUUACAUACACUGUGUAUGUAUAGAUAUACACUGCUCAACAAAAUAAAGGGAACACUAAAAUAACACAUCCUAGAUCUGAAUGAAUGAAAUAAUCUUAUUAAAUACUAUUUUCUUUACAUAGUUGAAUGUGCUGACAACAAAAUCACACAAAAAUUAUCAAUGGAAAUCAAAUGUAUCAACCCAUGGAGGUCUGGAUUUGGAGUUACCCUCAAAAUUAAAGUGGAAAACCACACUACAGGCUGAUCCAACUUUGAUGUAAUGUCCUUAAAACAAGUCAAAAUGAGGCUCAAUAGUGUGUGUGGCCUCCACGUGCCUGUAUGACCUCCCUACAACGCCUGGGCAUGCUCCUGAUGAGGUGGCGGAUGGUCUCCUGAGGGAUCUCCUCCCAGACCUGGACUAAAGCAUCCGCCAACUCCUGGACAGUCUGUGGUGCAACGUGGCGUUGGUGGAUGGAGCGAGACAUGAUGUCCCAGAUGUGCUCAAUUGGAUUCAGGUCUGGGGAACGGGCGGGCCAGUCCAUAGCAUCAAUGCCUUCCUCUUGCAGGAACUGCUGACACACUCCAGCCACAUGAGGUCUAGCAUUGCCUUGCAUUAGGAGGAACCCAGGGCCAACCGCACCAGCAUAUGGUCUCACAAGGGGUCUGAGGAUCUCGGUACCUAAUGGCAGACAGGCUACCUCUGGCGAGCACAUGGAGGGCUGUGCGGCCCCCCAAAGAAAUGCCACCCCACACCAUGACUGACCCACCGCCAAACCGGUCAUGCUGGAGGAUGUUGCAGGCAGCAGAACGUUCUCCACGGCGUCUCCAGACUCCGUCACGUCUGUCACAUGUGCUCAGUGUGAACCUGCUUUCAUCUGUGAAGAGCACAGGGCGCCAGUGGCGAAUUUGCCAAUCUUGGUGUUCUCUGGCAAAUGCCAAACGUCCUGCACGGUGUUGGGCUGUAAGCACAACCCCCACCUGUGGACGUCGGGCCCUCAUACCACCCUCAUGGAGUCUGUUUCUGACCGUUUGAGCAGACACAUGCACAUUUGUGGCCUGCUGGAGGUCAUUUUGCAGGGCUCUGGCAGUGCUCCUCCUGCUCCUCCUUGCUCAAAGGCGGAGGUAGCGGUCCUGCUGCUGGGUUGUUGCCCUCCUACGGCCUCCUCCACGUCUCCUGAUGUACUGGCCUGUCUCCUGGUAGCGCCUCCAUGCUCUGGACACUACGCUGACAGACACAGCAAACCUUCUUGCCACAGCUCGCAUUGAUGAGCUGCACUACAUGAGCCACUUGUGUGGGUUGUAGACUCCGUCUCAUGCUACCACUAGAGUGAAAGCACCGCCAGCAUUCAAAAGUGACCAAAACAUCAGCCAGGAAGCGUAGGAACUGAGAAGUGGUCUGUGGUCACCACCUGCUAAACCAGUCCUUUAUUGGGGGUGUCUUGCUAAUUGCCUAUAAUUUCCACCUGUUGUCUAUUCCAUUUGCACAACAGCAUGUGAAAUGUAUUGUCAAUCAGUGUUGCUUCCUAAAUGGACAGUUUGAUUUCACAGAAGUGUGAUUGACUUGGAGUUACAUUGCGUUGUUUAAGUGUUCCCUUUAUUUUUUUGAGCAGUGUAUAUAUACUACCGUUCAAAAGUUUGGGGUCACUUAGAAAUGUCCUUGUUUUCGAAAGAAAAGCAAUUUAUUUGUCCAUUAAAAUAACAUCAAAUUGAUGAGAUACACAGUCGUGGUCAAAAGUUGUGAGAAGACACACGUAUUGGUCUUCACAAAGUUCGCUGCUUCAGUGUUGAGAUAUUUUUGUCAGAUGUUACUAUGGUAUACUGAAGUAUAAUUACAAGCAUUCCAUAAGUGUCAAAGGCUUUUAUUGACAAUUACAUUAAGUUUAUGCAAAGAGUCAAUAUUUGCAGUGUUGACCCUUCUUUUUCAAGACCUCUGCAAUCCGCCCUGGCAGGCUGUCAAUUAACUUCUGGGCCACAUCCUGACUGAUGGCAGCCCAUUCUUGCAUGCUUGGAGUUUGUCAGAAUUUGUGGGUUUUUGUUUGUCCACCCGCCUCUUGAGGAUUGACCACAAGUUCUCAAUAUGAUUAAGUUCUGGGGAGUUUCCUGGCCAUGGACCCAAAAUGUCGAUGUUUUGUUCCCCGAGCCACUUAGUUAUCACUUUUGCCUUACUGGAAAAGGCAUUGGUCGUCACCAAACUGUUAUUGGAUGGUUGGGAGAAGUUGCUCUCGGAGGAUGUGUUGGUACCAUUCUUUAUUCAUGGCUGUGUUCUUAGGCAAAAUUGUGAGUGAACCCACUCCCUUGGCUGAGAAGCAACCCCACACAUGAAUGGUCUCAGGAUGAUUUACUGUUGGCAUGACACAGGACUGAUGGUAGCGCACACCUGGUCUUCUCCAGACUAGGUGUUUUCCGGAUGCCCCAAACAAUCGGAAAGGGGAUUCAUCAGAUAAAAUGACUUUACCCCAGUCCUCAGCAGUCCAAUCCCUGUACCUUUUGCAGAAUAUCAGUCUGUCCCUAAUGUUUUUCCUGGAGAGAAGUGGCUUCUUUGCUGCCCUUCUUGACACCAGGCCAUCCUCCAAAAGUCUUCGCCUCACUGUGCGUGCAGAUGCACUCACACCUGCCUGCUGCCAUUCCUGAGCAAGCUCUGCACUGGUGGUGCCCACGAUCCCGCAGCUGAAUCAACUUUAGGAGACGGUCCUGGCGCUUGCUGGACUUUCUUGGGUGCCCUGACGCCUUCUUCACAACAAUUGAACCUCUCUCCUUGAAGUUCUUGAUGAUCCGAUAAAUGGUUGAUUUAGGUGCAAUCUUACUAGCAGCAAUAUCCUUGCCUGUGAAGCACUUAUUGUGCAAAGCAAUGAUGACGGCACAUGUUUCCUUGCAGGUAACCGUGGUUAACAGAGGAAGAACAAUGAUUUCAAGCACUACCCUCCUUUUAAAGCUUCCAGUCUGUUAUUCUAACUCAAUCAGCAUGACAGAGUGAUCUCCAGCCUUGUCCUCAUCAACACUCUCACCUGUGUUAACGAGAUAAUCACUGACAUGAUGGCAGCUGGUCCUUUUGUGGCAGGGCUGAAAUGCAGUGGAAAUGUUUUUUUAGGAUUAAAGUUCAUUUUCUUGGCAAAGAGGGACUUUGCAAUUAAUUGCAAUUCAUCUGAUCACUCUUCAUGACAUUCUGGAGUAUAUGCAAAUUGCCAUCAUCAAAACUGAGGCAGCAGACUUUGUGAAAAUUAGUAUUUGUGUCAUUCUCAAAACUUUUGACCACGACUGUAGACAUUGUUAAUGUUGUAAAUGGCUAUUGUAGCUGGAAACGGCUGACAUUGACGCCUCACAGGUCCUCAACUGGCAGCUUCAUUAAAUAGUACCCGCAAAACACCAGUCUCAACGUCAACAGUGAGGAGGCGACUCCGGGAUGCUGACGACCUAGGCAGACUUGCAAAGAAAAAGCCAUAUCUCAGACUGCCCAUCUUAAUCUUUUAUUUUUAUUGGCCAGUCUGAGGCUUUUUCUUUGCAACUCCUGCGUAGAAGGUCAGGAUCCUGGAGUCGCCUCUUCACUGUUGACGUUGAGACAGGUGUUUUGCGGGUACUAUUUAAUUAAGCUGCCAGUUGAGGACCUGUGAAGCGUCUGUUUCUCAAACUAGACACUAAUGUAUUUGUCUUCUUGCUCAGUUGUGCACUGGGGCCUCCCACUCCUCUUUCUAUUCUGGUUAGAGCCAGUUUGCGCUGUUCUGUGAAGGGAGUAGUACACAGCGUUGUACGAGAUCUUCAGUUUCUUGGCAAUUUCUCGCAUAGAACAGCCUUCAUUUCUCAGAACAAGAAUAGACUGACGAGUUUCAGAAGAAAGUUAUUUGUUUCUGGCCAUUUUGAGACUGUAAUCGAACCCACAAUUGCUGAUUGUCGAAUAAUAGUGAAGACAUCAAAACUAUGAAAUAACACAUAUAGAUGUCAUGUAGUAACUAAACAAGUGUUAAACAAAUCAAAAUAUAUUUUAUCUUCAAAUAGCCACCCUUUGCCUUGAUGACAGCUUUGCACACUUGGGAUUCUCUCAACCAGCUUCAUCUGGAAUGCUUUUCCAACAGUCUUGAAGGAGUUCCCACAUAUGCUGAGCACUUUUCCUUCACUCUGCGGUCCAACUCAUCCCAAACCAUCUCAAUUGGGUUGAGGUCGGGUGAUUGUGGAGGCCAGGUCAUCUGAUGCAUCACUCCAUCACUCUCCUUCUUGGUAAAAUAGCCCUUGCACAGCCUGGAGGUGUGUUAGGUCAUUGUCCUGUUGAAAAAGAAAUGAUAGUCCCACUAACCAGAUGGGAUGGCGUAUCGCUGUAGAAUGCUGUGGUAGCCAUGCUGGUUAAGUGUGCCUUGAAUUCUAAAUAAAUCACAGACAGUGUCACCAGCAAAGCACCCCCACACCAUAACACCUCCUCCUUCAUGCUUUAUGGUAGGAAAUACACAUGCAGAGAUUAUCCGUUCACCCACACCGCGUCUCACACAGCCACGGCGGUUGGAACCAAAGAUCUCCAAUUUGGACCAAAGGAUACAUUUCCACCUGUCUAAUGUCCAUUGCUCGUGUUUCUUGGCCCAAGCAAGUCUCUUCUUAUUAUUGGUGUCCUUUAGUAGUGGUUUAUUUGCAGCAAUUCGACCAUGAAGGCCUGAUUCACACAGUCUCCUCUGAACAGUUGAUGUUGAGAUGUCUGUUACUUGAACUCUGUGAAGCAUUUAUUUGGGCUGCAAUUUCUGAGGCUGGUAACUAAUGAACUUAUCCGCUGCAGCAGAGGUAACUCUGGGUCUUCCAUUCCUGUGGCGGUCCUCAUGAGAGCCAGUUUCAUCAUAGCGCUUGAUGGUUUUUGCGACUGCACUUGAAGAAACGUUCUAAGUUCUUGAAAUGUUCUGUAUUGACUGACCUUCAUGUCUUAAAGUAAUGAUGGACUGUUGUUUCUCUUUGCUUAUUUGAGCUGUUCUUGCCAUAAUGUGGACUUGGACUUUUACCAAAUAGGGCUGUCUUCUGUAUGCCCCCCCUACCUUGUCCCAACACAACUGAUUGGCUCAAAUGCAUUAAGAAGGAAAUAAAUUCCACAAAUUAACUUUUAACAAGGCACACCUGUUAAUUGAAAUGCAUUCCAGGUGACUACCUCAUGAAGCUGGUUGAGAGAAUGCCAAGAGUCUGCAAAGAUGUCAUCAAGGAAAAGGGUGGCUAUUUGAAGAAUCUCAAAUAUAAAAUAUAUUUUGAUUUGUUUAACACUUUUUUUGAUUACUACAUGAUUCCAUAUGUGAUAUUUCAUAGUUUUGAUGUCUUCACUAUUAUUCUACAAUGUAAAAAUGAAGAAAAACCCUUGAAGGAGUAGGUGUUCUAAAACUUUUGACUGGUAGUGUAUAUAUGUUUUUUUCAUUUGAGUACUCAAAAAAAAUCAUGCGAGUAUUCGAACACUCAAAACAUUUCAAAAGACCAUCCCUAGCCAGGGCGACAGCCUGUUUAAAAAAUGCACUUUUAAUGAAUUCAAGAACAGACGGAACAGAUGAGACAAACAUUACUGACCUCACUCUCUCUCAACAGCAGGAUACAUUUAGACACCAUAUUUAUUUUUACAUGUGUUUCACAGAGUUAGAGAGGGAGCAAGUGUGUGUGUGUGUCUCAUCAAGCUGCCUUGGAUUACUUGGCUGUCUUAAUAAAGUCCCCCCCCCCCCCCCCCCCCACACCCCUCCUCUCUCUUUGUCUCUCUCUUUGUCUCUCUCUCUCUCUCUCUCUCUCUCUCUCUCUCUCUCUCUCUCUCUCUCUCUCUCUCCUCUCUCUCUCUCUCUCUCUCUCUCUCUCUCUCUCUAUCUCUCACUCAGUAUUACCAUAGAUGAUGUGGUGUUUGUGAUAGAUGGGGGAAAGAUUAAGGAGACUCACUUUGACACUCAGAACAACAUCAGCACUAUGACUGCGGAGUGGGUCAGCCUAGCCAACGCCAAACAGAGGAGAGGACGUGCUGGCAGGUCAGUCUCUGAGUGUGUCUCCCCCUCUCUUCUCUCUGUCUGUCUCUCUCCCUCUCUCACCCCUCUGCCUCUCCUAUCUUUCUCCCUCCAUUUGUUUCUGUGUUGAUGAGUGCAGCUUGGUUAACUCUGACUGUCUGCUCCGUAUGGGCCUCAUCAGAGCUAUGUAACAGUGUGUGUUCAGACUGAGCCAGGGCACAGUUAGCGCUCCACUAGUCGUGGCAGCUACAGUGUGACUGUGCUCAAGGCCCAAUUAGCCACUAACACUUUAAUUCAACACUCUGUCAUAAGGGCUACAUUACACUGUCAGAAUAAUCACGUUAGCUAAUGGGGUGUGUGUGUGUGUGUGUGUGUGUGUGUGUGUGUGUGUGUGUGUGUGUGUGUGUGUGUGUGUGUGUGUGUGUGUGUGUGUGUGUGUGUGUGUGUGUGUGUGUGUGUGUGUGUGUGUGUGUGUGUGUGUGUGUGUGUGUGUGUGUGUGUGUGUGUGUGUGUGUGUGUGUGCACGCACGCACGCACGCUGGCAGGGUGUGUCCAGGGAAGUGUUAUCACCUGUAUAAUGGCCUGAGGGCCAGUCUACUAGAUGCCUACCAGCUACCUGAGAUCAUGCGCACGCCACUGGAGGAACUGUGUCUGCAGAUCAAGGUAACGUGUGUGUGUGUGCCUCUGGUGUUAUUUCACAUGCUUGGUAAACAGCAGGUGUAGACUAACAGUGAAAUGCUUACUCACUGGUCCUUUUCCAUCAAUGCAGUUAAAGAGAAAUGUACAAAUAGUGACACGAGGAAUAAAUACACAGUCAAUAACAAUAGUAAAGAUAACAUGGCUAUAUACAGGGAGUAGAAAAUAACUUGGCUAUAUACAGGAAGUAGAAAACAACAUGGCUAUAUACAGGAAGUAGAAAACAACAUGGCAAUAUACAGGAAGUAGAAAACAACAUGGCAAUAUACCGGAAGUAGAGGAUAACAUGGCUAUAUACAGGAAGUAGAAAAUAACAUGGCUAUAUAAAGGGAGUAGAAAACAACAUGGCAAUAUACAAGAAGUAGAGGAUAACAUGGCUAUAUACAGGAAGUAGAAAAUAACAUGGCUAUAUACAGGAAGUAGAAAACAACAUGGCUAUAUACAGGGAGUAGAGAAUAACAUGGCUAUAUACAGGAAGUAGAAAAUAACAUGGCUAUAUACAGGAAGUAGAAAAUAACAUGGCUAUAUACAGGAAGUAGAAAACAACAUGGCUAUAUACAGGGAGUAGAGAAUAACAUGGCUAUAUACAGGAAGUAGAAAAUAACAUGGCUAUAUACAGGAAGUAGAAAAUAACAUGGCUAUAUACAGGAAGUAGAAAAUAACAUGGCUAUAUACAGGAAGUAGAAAAUAACAUGGCUAUAUACAGGGAGUAGAAAAUAACAUGGCUAUAUACAGGAAGUAGAAAAUAUCAUGGCUAUAUACAGGGAGUAGAAAAUAACAUGGCUAUAUACAGGAAGUAGAAAAUAACAUGGCUAUAUACAGGAAGUAGAAAAUAACAUGGCUAUAUACAGGGAGUAGAAAAUAACAUGGCUAUAUACAGGAAGUAGAAAAUAACAUGGCUAUAUACAGGAAGUAGAAAAUAACAUGGCUAUGUACAGGGAGUAGAACAUAUCAUGGCUAUAUACAGGGAGUACCAGUAACGAGUCGAUGUGCAGGGAUACGAGGUCAUUGAGGCAUCUAUGUACAUAUAGGUAGGGGUAAAGUGAAUAGACAACAGUAAAGAUAAUAUAGAUAAACUAUUUUUUAAAUAUUAUAGUCUGCAGCUUGUCUUGGGGUAUUCUAACUCGGGCGAGCAAAAACAGGAGACUUCCUUAACAUCGCUCACCAGCUGUUGUUAACAAAGAGACACACCCCUCCUCCCUUCGUCUUACCCGAGUCUGCCGUCCGGUCUUGACGAUGCAUAGAAAAACCAGCGAGAUGAAUAACAUCCAUGUCCUUGUUCAGCCACAACUCUGAGAAACAUAGGACAUUACAGUUUUUCAGGUCCCGUUGAUAGGAUAGUCUUGAACGGAGCUCAUCCAGUUGGUUCUCCAGUGACUGCACGUUCGUCAGUAGAACAGAGGGCAAUGGCGGUCUUUUUGCUCGUUGAAGUACACAUUUCCAUCCAAAUCAAGGUCAGUGAUCGCUGUUCUGAUGUCCAGAAGCUGAUUUCGGUCAUAUAAACUUUUAAACGCUAUUACACACAAACUUACUCAACAUCUGUUGGUCUCUCUGUCAAUACACAACACUCCCCUCUCACUUCCACCCAUUCCAUCCUGUUGUUGGGGAACAUAAAGGCAGAGUUGGUGUUGUAAUAGCUGGUCUCCCAUUCCCCUAAUGGGAUAACGUGUGUGUGUGUGUGUGUGUUAAUCAGUGUGUUUGGUGCCUAUUACACUAAUCACAUCUUUUAGAGGGAGAACGGCUGUCAACAAGCUGACCUCAGCAGGUACACACACAGACACACACAGACACUAGAGCUGGGGCGAUAAACUUCAAUUAUCGACACCGAUCACUUAUCGCAGGCAUUUUGCUGAUAUGGCACAUUACAAUAAGUAGCCUAUACUAGAGAAAUGUGGAGUUUGAAAUGAAAUAAGUUUGCUAAUAUGGGUGAUUGAUGGUUAAUGGGACAAUUGAUGUCUACAACCAUCAAACUAGUAGUAGUAGUUUUAAAGGAUAAUAAUUAAAAAAAACUGUGGUGCACAUUAAUGUUAUAAACUGUGGUGCACAUUAAUGUUAUAAACUGUGGUGCACAUUAAUGUUAUAAACUGUGGUGCUCAUUAAUGUUAUAAACUGUGGUGCACAUUAAUGUUAUAAACUGUGGUGCACAUUAAUGUUAUAAACUGUGGUGCACAUUAAUGUUAUAAACUGUGGUGCACAUUAAUGUUAUAAACUGUGGUGCACAUUAAUGUUAUAAACUGUGGUGCACAUUAAUGUUAUAAACUGUGGUGCACAUUAAUGUUAUAAACUGUGGUGCACAUUAAUGUUAUAAACUGUGGUGCACAUUAAUGUUAUAAACUGUGGUGCACAUUAAUGUUAUAAACUGUGGUGGACAUUAAUGUUAUAAACUGUUGUGCACAUUUAAUGUUAUAAACAUAUGCUUCUAUUUAUCGUUAUUGCAUCAAUUCAUGCAAUAUAUCGCUAUAUGGAUAAUUGUCCAUAUUGCCCAGCGCUAACACACACACACACACACACACACACACACUAAUGUGCUGGAUCUACAGGGAACGGUGACAUAGUACAAUAGUACAGACUGUAGUAUGUCUGGUAGUGAAGAGUUGACUUACUGCUCUCUGUGUAGAGGUGGAUUUCCUGUUAGGUCUAACAUUUAGACCGGUCUCUUUCCCAUUCGUUUCUGAUCAAGUCAAGCUGUUGACUUUUCCCUAAGUUGCUUUUGAUGUAGUUUGUCUAAUUCUCUCUCCCCGCUCCUUCUAGAUCCUCAAGCUGGGUCCAAUAGCGGAGUUCCUGAGGAAAGCUCUGGACCCUCCUACAGAGGAGGCUAUCACUCUGGCCAUCACACACCUGAUGGACCUCAAUGCCCUGGACCGCUCAGAGGCUCUGACCCCGUUGGGGUUCCACUUGGCCAGGCUGCCUGUAGAGCCUCACAUCGGGAAGCUGAUUCUGUUCGGAGCUCUGCUGGGCUGUCUGGACCCUGUCCUCACUAUCGCUGCCUCUCUCAGCUUUAAGGACCCCUUCUUCAUACCAAUGGUAAUCACACGCACCAACGCAGGCACACACACUCGCACACAUUUAGGUGCUCAAAUCUCUUCCUCUCUCAGGGUAAGGAGAAGGUGGCAGACAUGAGGAGAAGAACUCUGUCCAGAGACUCAAAGAGUGACCACCUCACCAUCAUCUAUGCUUUCACAGUAAGAUCCUCUUUUCCCACCUACAUCAUUAGAGGUCUCGCUCAUAUCUCCCCAAUGGAAUAAUAUCAAUGGUUCAUUCUGUUUAAAGGAUUGCUAACUUGACUGUGUUUAAUCUGUCAGGGCUGGGAGGAAGCUAAGCGACGCGGCUACAAGUUUGAACGAGAGUUCUGCUGGGACAACUUCCUGUCAGCCAAUACACUCCAGGUGAUUCUCAUGGCCCACCAAUCAGAUAUCAAUUUCAAACCACCAUUGGGAUGCAGCCUUCGCUUCAUAUUGAGAAUGAGUCUAUCUAACCUGUGACCUGUCUGUCUGUCUGUAGAUGCUGCACAACAUGAAGGCUCAGUUUGCUGAGCACCUGCUGGGGGCUGGCUUCAUCAGCAGCAAGAACGCCAAAGACCCUGACUCUAACAUCAACUCGGGUGAACUGAUUGGAUGUAUUUUUCUACAAUUUGCUAGUCUCUCUCUCUCUCUCCUCUCUCUGCUCUCUCUCUCUCUCGUUUGCUCGCUCCUCUCUCUCUCUCUCUCGUUCGCUCGCUCCUCUCGUUUGCUCGCUCCUCUCUCUCUCUCUCGUUUGCUCGCUCCUCUCUCUCUCUCUCUCGUUCGCUCGCUCCUCUCUCUCUCUCUCUCGCUCCUCUCCUUGCUCGCUCCUCUCUCUCUCUCUCGUUUCGCUCGCUCUCUCUCUCUCUCUCUCUCUCUCGUUCGCUCGCUCCUCUCUCUCUCCUCGCUCUCUCCUCCCUCUCUCUCUCUUGCUCGCUCCUCUCUCUCCUCUCUGCUCGCUCCUCUCUCUCUCUGCUCGGGGUACUCCUUCUCUCUCUCUCUCUCUAUCUCUCGCUCCUCUCGCUCCUCUCUCUCUCUCUCUCUGCUCGCUCUCUCUCUCCUCUCUCUCGCUCUCUCUCUUCUCUCCUCUCCUCUCUCUCUCCUCUCUCCUCGUUCGCUCGCUCCUCUCUCUCUCGUCUAGCUCCUCUCUCUCUCUCUCUCUCUCUCUCUCUAGCUCCUCUCUCUCUCUAGCUCCUAUCUCUCCUCUCUCUCUCUCUAGCUCCUAUCACUCUUUCCAUGUCUGACUCUCUCUCUCUCUCCCUCAGAGAAUGAGAAGCUGAUCAAGGCUGUGAUAGUGGCAGGUCUCUACCCCAAAGUGGCCAUGAUCAAACCCAGUGGCAGCAAGAAGAGACCGUGAGUCAGCAUGAACUUACAGUAGCACUCACUCCUAUAUAUAUAUAUAUAUAUAUAUAUAUAUAUAUAUAUAUAUAUAUAUAUAUAUAUAUAUAUAUAUAUAUUUAGCACUCACUCAUAUAUAUUUAGCACUCCUAUAUAUAUAUAUAUAUAUUAUAUAUAUAUAUAUAUAUAUAUAUAUAUAUAUACAGUGAGGGAAAAAAGUAUUUGAUCCCCUGCUGAUUUUGUACGUUUGCCCACUGACAAAGACAUGAUCAGUCUAUAAUUUUAAUGGUAGGUUUAUUUGAACAGUGAGAGACAGAAUAACAACAACAAAAUCCAGAAAAACGCAUGUCAAAAAUGUUAUCAAUUGAUUUGCAUUUUAAUGAGGGAAAUAAGUAUUUGACCCCUCUGCAAAACAUGACUUAGUACGGUGGCAAAAUCCUUGUUGGCAAUCACAGAGGUCAGACGUUUCUUGUAGUUGGCCACCAGGUUUACACACAUCUCAGGAGGGAUUUUGUUCCACUCCUCUUUUCAGAUUUUCUCCAAGUCAUUAAGGUUUCGAGGCUGACGUUUGGCAACUCGAACCUACAGCUCCCUCCACAGAUUUUCUAUGGGAUUAAGGUCUGGAGACUGGCUAGGCCACUCCAGGAGUUUAAUGUACUUCUUCUUGAGCCACUCCUUUGUUGCCUUGGCCGUGUGUUUUGGGUCAUUGUCAUGCUGGAAUACCCAUCCACGACCCAUUUUCAAUGCCCUGGCUGAGGGAAGGAGGUUCUCACCCAAGAUUUGACGGUACAUGGCCCCGUUCAUCGUCCCUUUGAUGCGGUGAAGUUGUCCUGUCCCCUUAGCAGAAAAACACCCCCAAAGCAUAAUGUUUCCACCUCCAUGUUUGACAGUGGAGAUGGUGUUCUUGGGGUCAUAGGCAGCAUUCCUCCUCCUCCAAACAUGGCGACUUGAGUUGAUGCCAAAGAGCUCAAUUUUGGUCUCAUCUGACCACAACACUUUCACCCAGUUCUCCUCUGAAUCAUUCAGAUGUUCAUUGGCAAACUUCAGACGGGCAUGUAUAUGUGCUUUCUUGAGCAGGGGGACCUUGCGGGCGCUGCAGGAUUUCAGUACCCCAUACAGACAUGGGUAUGGGGUACACUGUGUUGGUUCGUGGGCUCUGCUUAGCCUCCAAGCAGACUUAUCCAAAGAAACAGUUUGUUACAUUUUAACAUUUACAUUUUAGUCAUUUAGCAGAAGCUCUUAUCCAGAGCGACUUACAGGAGCAAUUACAUUUACAUUUUACAUUUUAGUCAUUUAGCAGACGCUCUUAUCCAGAGCGACUUACAUCCAGAGUGAGUGCAUACAUUAUUAUUAUUUUUAUUUUUUUAUACUGUCCCCCUGUGGGAAUCGAACCCACAACCCUGGCGUUGCAAACGCCAUGCUCUACCAACUGAGCUACAUCCCUGCCGGCCAUUCCCUCCCCUACCCUGGACGACGCUGAGCCAAUUGUGCGCCACCCCAUGGGUCUCCCGGUCACGGCCGGCUACGACAGAGCCUGGAUUCGAACCAGGAUCUCUAGUGGCACAGCUAGCACUGCAAUGCAGUGCCUUAGACCACUGCGCCACUCGGGAGCCCAGGGGUGGCGCACAAUUGGCUAAGCGUCGUGCAGGGUAGGGGAGGGAAUGGCCGGCAGGGAUGUAGCUCAGUUGGUAGAGCAUGGCGUUUGCAACGCCAGGGUUGUGGGUUCGAUUCCCACAGGGGGACAGUAUAAUUUUUUAAAAAUAAUAAUCAUAAUAAUGUAUGCACUCACUAACUGUAAGUCGCUCUGGAUAAGAGCGUCUGCUAAAUGAAUAAAAUGUAAAAUGUAAAUGUUAUUGCUCCUGUAAGUCGCUCUGGAUAAGAGCUUCUGCUAAAUGACUAAAAAUGUAAAUGUAAAUGUAAGAAAGCACAUAUACAGGGUUAAGUGCCUUGCUCAAGGGCACACCGACAGAUUUUUCACCUAGUUGGCUUGGGGAUUAGAACCAGCGACCUUUCGGUUACUGGCACAACGGUUACUGCCCUUCUUGAGCAGGGGGACCUUGCGGGCGCUGCAGGAUUUCAGUCCUUCACGGCGUAGUGUGUUACCAAUUGUUUUCUUGGUGACUAUGGUCCCAGCUGCCUUGAGAUCAUUGACAAGAUCCUCCCAUGUAGUUCUGGGCUGAUUCCUCACCGUUCUCAUGAUCAUUGCAUGGAGCCCUAGGCCGAGGGAGAUUGACAGUUAUUUUGUGUUUCUUCCAUUUGCGAAUAAUCGCACCAACUGUUUUCACCUUCUCACCAAGCUGCUCGGCGAUGGUCUUGUAGCCCAUUCCAGCCUUGUGUAGGUCUACAAUCUUGUCCCUGACAUCCUUGGAGAGCACUUUGGUCUUGGCCAUGGUGGAGAGUUUGGAAUCUGAUUGAUGGAUUGCUUCUGUGGACAGGUGUCUUUUAUACAGGUAACAAGCUGAGGUUAGGAGCACUCCCUUUAAGAGUGUGCUCCUAAUCUCAGCUCUUUACCUGUAUAAAAGACACCUGGGAGCCAGAAAUCUUUCUGAUUGAGAGGGGGUCAAAUUCUUAUUUCCCUCAUUAAAAUGCUAAUCAAUUUAUAACAUUUUUUACAUGCAUUUUUUUUUUUUUUGUUAUUCUGUCUCUCACUGUUCAAAUAAACCUACCAUUAACAUUAUAGACUGAUCAUUUCUUCGUCAGUGGGCAAACGUACAAAAUCAGCAGGGGAUCAAAUACUUUUUUUCCUCACUGUAUAUAGCACUCACUCAUACAGUAUAUAGCACUCACUCCUAUCUAUCUAUCUAUCUAUAUAUAUAUAUAUACACACACACACACAUACACACAUACAUAUACAGUUGAAGUCGGAAGUUUACAUACAUCUUAGCCAAAUACAUUUAAACUCAGUUUUUCACAAUUCCUGACAUUUAAUCCUAGUAAAAAUUCCCUGUUUUAGGUCAGUUAGAAUCAACACUUAAUUUUAAGAAUGUGAAAUGUCAGAAUAAUAGUAGAGAGAAUUAUUUCUUUCAGCUUUUAUUUCUUUUAUCACAUUCCCAAUGGGUCAGAAGUGUACAUACACUUAAUUAGUAUUUGGUAGCAUUGCCUUUAAAUUGUUUAACUUGGGUCAAACAUUUUGGGUAGCCUUCCACAAGCUUCCCACAGUAAGUUGGGUGAAUUUUGGCCCAUUCCUCCUGACAGAGCUGGUGUAACUGAGUCAGGUUGUAGGCCUCCUUGCUCGCACACGCUUUUUCAGUUCUGCCCACACAUUCUCUAUAGGAUUGAGGUCAGGGCUUUGUGAUGGCCACUCCAAUUCCUUGACUUUGUUGUCCUUAAGCCAUUUUGCCACAACUUUGGAAGUAUGCUUGGGGUCAUUGUCCAUUUGGAAGAUCCAUUUGCGGCCAAGCUUUAACUUCCUGACUGAUGUCUUGAGAUGUUGCUUCAAUAUAUCCACAUAAUUUUCCUUCCUCAUGAUGCCAUGUAUUUUGUGAAGUGCACCAGUCCCUCCUGCAGCAAAGCACCCCCACAGCAUGAUGCUGCCACCCCCGUGCUUCACAGUUGGGAUGGUGUUCUUCGGCUUGCAAGACACCCCGUUUUUCCUCCAAACAUAACGAUGGUCAUUAUGCCAAACAGUUCUAUUUUUGUUUCAUCAGACAUUUACAUUUACGUCAUUUAGCAGACGCUCUUAUCCAGAGCGACUUACAAAUUGGUGCAUUCACCUUAUAGCCAGUGGGAUAACCACUUUACAAUAUGUUUAUUUAUUUUUUUGUGGGGUAAGGGGGGGGUAGAAGGAUUACAUUAUCCUAUCCCAGGUAUUCCUUAAAGAGGUGGGGUUUCAAGUGUCUCCGGAAGGUGGUGAGUGACUCCGCUGUCCUGGCGUCGUGAGGGAGCUUGUUGCACCAUUGGGGUGCCAGAGCAGCGAACAGUUUUGACGGGGCUGAGCGGGAACUGUGCUUCCGCAGAGGUAGGGGGGCCAGCAGGCCAGAGGUGGAUGAACGCAAUGCCCUCGUUUGGGUGUAGGGACUGUUCAUGCCUGAAGGUACGGAGGUGCCGUUCCCCUCACAGCUCCAUAGGCAAGCACCAUGGUAUUGUAGCAGAUGCGAGCUUCAACUGGAAGCCAGUGGAGUGUGCGGAGGAGCGGGGUGACGUGAGAGAACUUGGGAAGGUUGAACACACGAGUUGUAGGGGUUUAAUGGCACAGGCAGGGAGCCCAGCCAAAAGCGAGUUGCAGUAAUCCAGACGGGAGAUGACAAGUGCCUGGAUUAGGACCUGUGCCGCUUCCUGUGUAAGGCAGGGUCGUACUCUCCGAAUGUUGUAGAGCAUGAACCUACAGGAUCGGGUCACCGCCUUGAUGUUAGCGGAGAACGACAGGGUGUUGUCCAGGGUCACUUCAAGGCUCUUUGCAUUCUGGGAGGAGGACACAAUGGAGUUGUCAAUCGUGAUGGCGAGAUCAUGGAACGGGCAGUCCUUCCCCGGGAUGAAGAGCAGCUCCGUCUUGCCGAGGUUCAGCAUUGAGGUGGUGAUCCGUCAUCCACACUGAUAUGUCUGCCAGACAUGCAGAGAUGCGAUUCGCCACCUGGUUAUCAGAAGGGGGAAAGGAGAAGAUUUAGUUGUGUGUCGUCUGCGUAGCAAUGAUAAGAGAGGCCAUGUGAAGAUAUGACAGAGCCAAGUGACUUGGUUUAUAGCGAGAAUAGGAGAGGGCCUAGAACUGAGCCCUGGGGGACACCAGUGGUGAGAGCACGUGGUGCGGAGACAGAUUCUCGCCACGCCACCUGGUAGGAGCGACCUGUAACAGGUCUCCAAAAGGUAUGAUCUUUGUCCCCAUGUGCAGUUGCAAACCGUAGUCUGGCUUUUUUUAUGGCGGUUUUGGAGCAGUGGCUUCUUCCUUGCUGAGCGGCCUUUCAGGUUAUGUCGAUAUAGGACUCGUUUUACUGUGGAUAUAGAUACUGUGGUACCUGUUUCCUCCAGCAUCUUCACAAGGUCCUUUGCUGUUGUUCUUGGAUUGAUUUGCACUUUUCGCACCAAAGUACGUUCAUCUCCAGGAGACAGAACGCGUCUCCUUCCUGAGCGGUAUGACGGCUGCGUGGUCCCAUGGUGUUUAUACUUGCGUACUAUUGUUUGUACAGAUGAACGUGGUACCUUCAGGCUUUUGGAAAUUGCUCCCAAGGAUGAACCAGACUUGUGGAGGUCUACUAUUUUUUUCUGAGGUCUUGGCUAAUUUCUUUUGAUUUUCCCAUGAUGUCAAGCAAAGAGGCACUGAGUUUGAAGGUAGGCCUUGAAAUACAUCCACAGGUACACCUCCAAUUGACUCAAAUUUUCUGGAACUUUCCAAGCUGUUUAAAGGCACAGUCAACUUAGUGUAUGUAAACUUCUGACCCACUGGAAUUGUGAUACAGUGAAUUAUAAGUGAAAUAAUCUGUCUGUAAACAAUUGUUGGAAAAAUUACUUGUGUCAUGCACAAAGUAGAUGUCCUAACCGACUUGCCAAAACUAUAGUUUUUUUAAAAUAAAUUUGUGGAGUGGUUGAAAAAUGAGUUUUAAUAACUGCAACCUACAUGUAUGUAAACUUCUGACUUCAACUUUAGCACUCACUCAUACAGUAUAUAGCACUCACUCGUAUAUAUCACUCACUCCUAUAUAGCACUCACAUAUAACACCCAUUAGCUAUAACACCCAUUAGCUACCAGGGACAAGUGCUGAACGAUUAACCAAAAUGUCGGUUAUUUUUUUAUUUUUAAACCACUAAUUGGCCGACGUCGGUUCAGUUAUUUGAAUUCCAUUUGGUUCUGUUUUUAUCGGUGAGCUCAAUGUGCCCAUCGCACAGUUUCUCUAGAGAUCAAUCAGACCCAGCCUGAAUUGUGCGAUGUAGUAGGGAGCUGUAGUUUACAACAGGCCGAUAUUCGACACAUCUACUUGUCCAGUCUGUAUUUAUUUUUACAACUGCUACUACGGAAGAGGGAAGAGUGCGCGAUCAUGAGCGAAUAUAGAGAGCAGCUGUUGCUUAAUGAGGUAUUUCUACCUGAAAAUACAUGAUCUAAGUGAUUGGUAGUUGGUAUUCAGCUGUCAUAAAAGUACUAUAUGCCUCAUUUACUUUGAAGAACUACUAAAAUCGUGAUUUAGUCAGACACCACAGGCUGCAGCUCUAUAGAGAUGAGAUGAUGACUUGGAAUGAAAUAAUAAAGUCAUCAAAUAAAACUAAUGUAAUAUACACAACACUGAAUAUUUUAUUAAAGUAAUGUGAAUAAAUGAAUGUUAAUUAAGCAAUAAGGCCCGAGGGGGUAUGGCCAAUAUACCAUAGCUAAGGGAUGUUCUUAAGCACGACGCAACACAGAGAGCCUUUAAUGUUUAAAAAAAUUAUCGAAACCGAAAACCGUGGUAAUUUUUUAAUAAUCGAACCAAAACGACCUCAAAAAACACUAAUCGCUCAGCACUAGUACAGACAGACACUGGCAGUGACAAGAGGACACCCCAGAUUCUGCAGAGGAAGUGAAAUUCACUCAGACCUGAAAAGUACUCUUUGUCAACUUCCUAUUGAUUUGUACCUGAGAAGAUCCCCAGCCCACAAUGGAUGGCAGACCAUAUGCCCAAAACCCAGCCAGCCAGCCAGACAGAUGCAUCAAUAACUCAUCAUCACACUUAGCAGACAGCUGCGAAAUAGACCUACGAUCAAGCCUUGAGGCAGUGCACUGAUAGUUAGUUGUAUUUAGAUUAAAACUUUAGCCAAAGAUCAAUAGUCAUAAAACGUUAUUCUGUAGCUACGGACAAUACCACACACACCCACACACACACACAGUAAUACACCCCCCUCCCCCCUCUCUUCUCUCCAGGGUAAGGGUGUAUACUAAAACUGAUGGGAAGGUGUGUAUCCACCCCCCUCCCCCCUCUCUUCUCUCCAGGGUGAGGGUGUAUACUAAAACUGAUGGGAAGGUGUGUAUCCACCCCAAGUCAGUGAAUGCUGAAGAGACCCAGUUUAACUACACAUGGCUCAUCUAUCACCUCAAGAUGAGGACCAGCAGUGUGAGUAUACGGUACAGCACACACACACAGCACUGUUGGACCAUUUAACCUUACAGAGAUGGUUCACUCCAAAAAUCAGUUUUCUCAGAACUUUUCUUUCCUAUCGCAGAAUAAUGAGUACCAAUCUUUUGAUUAUGCGUGCUCCCGAUGCAUUUAGUAGGAUACACCAGAGGGUGAGGGAUGUUGUGAGUUCCAGCCAGAGCGGAGUGUUGUUUGUGACUGUUUCACUGAGUGGGGGGGGGGGGGGGUAAAGGUUAACUCUGGUGCCAUUUUUAGACAUUAUUAAUAUUUGAUUUAAACCAGUGCCUUUCAACUCCCUCCCAAAGGCCCUGGCACAUCAAAGCUCGCAGACAGUACCAGGGAAGAGGAACAGUCACAACAGUCUGUCCUCUUUCUACCCUGCCGCACUGAAUGUUAUCAGUUAGAGCAGAGAAGGGCUACUGGCGGCGGAAAUGUCGAAUCCUACUACACCGGCUCUGACGCUCGUCGGAUGUGGCAGGGCUUGCAAACUAUCACGGAUUACAAAGGGAAACCCAGCCAGUGAUGCGAGCGUACCAGACGAGCUAAAUACCGUCUAUGCUCGCUUCGAGGCUAGCAACACUGAACCAUGCAUGAGAGCAAUUCAUAUACCGCCCUAACAGAUACACAGAUGACGCAAUCUAUAUUGCACUCCACACUGCCCUUUCCCACCUGGACAAAAGGAAUACCUAUGUGAGAAUGCUAUUCAUUGACUACAGCUCAGCGUUCAACACCAUAAUGCCCUGCAAGCUCAUCACUAAGCUAAGGACCUUGGGACUGAACACCUCCCUCUGCAACUGGAUCCUGGACUUCCUGACGGGCCGCCCCCAGGUGGUAAGGGUAGGCAACAACACAUCCGCCACUGUGACCCUCAACACGGGGGCCCCUCAGGGGUGCGUGCUUAAUCCCCUCCUGUAAUCCCUGUUCACCCACGACUCCUUGGCGCAUUACGCAUUACGUUUGCUGACGGCACAACGGUGGUAGGCCUGAUCACCGACAACGAUGAGACAGCCUAUAGGGAGGAGGUCCGAGACCUGGCAGUGCUGAUCGUGGACUACAGCAAAUGACGGGGCUGUAGUAGAGACGGUCAAGAGCAUCCGACCGUAAGGCACUACAGAGGGUAGUGCGUACGACCCAGUACAUCACUGGGGCCGAGCUCCCUGCUACCCAGGACCUCUAUACCAGGCGGUGUCAGAGGAAGGCCCUAAAAAUUGUCAAAGACUCCAGCCACCCAAGUCAUAGACUGUUCUCUCUGCUACCGCAUGGUAUCUUAGUUAGUCCGGGUAGCUAUUGGUUAACUAUUUAACUAUCUGCAUUUACCCUCUUUGCACUAACUAUUUUGACCCAUCACAUACACUGCUGUUACUGUUUAUUAUCUAUCCUGUUGUCUAGUCACUUUAUCCCUACCUAUAUAUACAUAUCUACCUCAAUUACCUCGUACCUCUGCACAUCGACUUGGUACUGGUACUCCGUGUAUAAAGCCAAGUUAUCGUUCCUCAUUGUGGAUUUAUUCCUCGUGUUAUUAUGUUCUAUUAUUUCUCUUUUUACCUCUCUGUAUUGUUGGGAACGGCCCGUAAUAAAGUAUUUCACUGUUAGUCUACACCUGUUGUUUACCAACCAUGUGACAAAUAAUAUUUGAUUUGUGCCCAGAUCUUCCUGUAUGUGUGUGUGUGUGUUAAUGCUGUGUCGCUGUCUGUCUCCAGAUCUUCCUGUACGACUGUACGGAGGUAUCUCCGUUCUCCCUGCUGUUCUUCGGAGGUGACGUCACCAUCCAGAUGGAUCAGGACCAGGAGACCAUCGCUGUGGAUGACUGGAUCGUCUUCCAGUCCCCCGCACGCAUCGCUCACCUCGUCAAGGUACACGAACACACACACACACAAACACGCAAACAAACACACACACCUGACCGUUUUCCUUAUCCGCCUCACCUUGUAGAAUCUGAAGAAGGAGCUGGACUCUCUAUUGGAAGAGAAGAUCCGAAGCCCCGCCCCUGUGGACUGGAGCGACCGCCAAUCCAAAGACUGUGCUGUCAUCACAGCCAUCAUAGACCUCAUCACCACCCAGGAGAGGCCCAAUGUUAACGCGGCUAACACUAGUUGGAGGAACACUGCCCCUAGAGGACGUCGCCAGUAUUACAGCAAUGAUGAUGAUGAGUACUAAAGAUGGUGCAUCUCUUCUCAACCCAGAGAAAAGAGAGAGAGAUGGAAAGAGGUCUCAACUUUGUAUCUCUGAAAUAAUGGCGUCUAUCUCCAUUUGAACGUAAAUGUUCUUCUUUUUGUGUUUGAAUAAAGUGUCAAGCUAAUGUCGGUGAUUUACCGCCACUUGCAGUGCUGGAGUCUUAAACUAAAUAUUGUGUAUCAUUCAUUUGUGGCCACUAGAUGGUGGCGAUAUAGCUUAACGCCAUUUAACAACUAGGCAAACCAAUUUGAAGAAGACAAUGCUCUCUGGUCGUUGGCUGAUGACUCCCAUAGGAAUCCACACCCAGUUGGCUACUAUAAAAUGGUAGAAGCCCUCAAUGGCAAUGUUCAUGCGAAAAUGUGUUUCCAAGUAGAGAUCUCUAUGUCUUAGGCACAUUUACACAUUUCCAUUAGAUUGGAAUCCUCCCAUGUACAGUCAGGAUGGUGUGUGAAGAAAUCAAGGACUGGUCUGAACGCUGUCCCCAAACGCCAACCAUUUUAAUUUAAUUCUAUAAGCCAACUGGAAAAGGCUGAGCAGUGGCUGACAAUGUAUUUUUGCAGUAUUGCAUUUGUUAUGAACAAUGUUAUGUAAAAGUAAAUUGUACUGAAUGCUGUUUUGUUGAUAUUGCUUGACAUUCUCACAUUGUCAAAUGGCCUACUUGGCUUACAUUCUUAUGUUGUAAUAUUCACAUUGUUUUCUUUUCAGUUUUUGUUCAAUUUGUUCAAAUAUUAAUCUUUCUCCCUAAAGCUGAACCAUUAAAGCUGACCUUAUUGCA